CUCCGUUGCUAUGGUCAUUCUUUUUUCUUCAUGAGCGGACAGUUUUUCUAAAAUUCUUGGAUGUGAUUUUCCUUCUCAAGAUUGAGUUAUUCCAACUUCAGUUUGCUGCUCCAUUCUAACAUUCCUCCAUGGAGUUCGGUUCGAGUGACGUUAAUUUUAGUGCAUCUGCAGCAAUUUCUCAAUCGUUUGAUGUUAAUACAAUGCAAUUUUCUCCGGGAUCUACUAUGUAUUGGAUACCUGAUUGUGACUCUGCUUUUAAACCGCAUGUUGUUUGCAUAAAGAAUUAUGCGUUAUUCGGGGAUGUUGUUUCUUUUGAUGCGACAUACGAGACAAACAGGUAUAACAUGGUUUUUACCCCUUUCACUGGCGUUGAUAAUCACAAAAGGUGCAUUACUUUGGCGUUGGUUUGUUGUUGAAAGUGAAAGAGAUAUGCCCUCGAACUAUUCAUAUGUAAAAUGGCAAAUAACAACACAUCCACUUUUUCCCUGCGAUCCGUCCUUGAGAAGGAAAAACUGAACACAACCAACUUCCUAGACUGGUUUAGGAAUUUGAGAAUUGUUCUCAAGCAUGAGAGGAAAGACUAUGUCCUCGAGAAUGCAAUUCCUGCUGAAGAACCAUCAACUAAUGCCCAUCGUGCUCAAAAGGAUGCAUAUCAGAAGCAUCUAAAUGAUGAUUUGGAUGUUUCAUGCCUCAUGCUUGCUAGCAUGAACGCUGAUCUGCAAAAACAGUUUGAGAACUUAAGUUCUUUCGACAUGGUUAAGGAACUAAAAGGUUUGUUUCAAGAACAAGCUCGAGUUGAACGCUAUGAGACUACUAAGUCUUUGUUUUCAUGCAAGCUUCACGAGG